CUGUCACACGCCGCACUGGGCGGAGGAGCCCGGAUGACGAGUGUCUCCUGCGCGCCUGAGUAAAAUCAAGCGAGCCGACGGCGCGGCGUUUCCACUCGGCUGUCCACUUGUCUGUCAAUGUAAAGGUUCUCACUAUAGCACACAUGAUAGAGUCGACAUCGCUUGAGUCACGCGCGCUGCUGUUUAAGCGUACAGAAAGAGUCAGGCACGCGAGGGACCGCUCUCCGGUCUUGACCGCAGCAACCCACCGCUUGAUGGACUCCUCCUCCUCCUCGUCUUCAUCAUCAUGAUGCCCCGCCGACCGCCCCUCCCGUGGCCCCGCCUCCUCUCCAGGCGCCUCCUGUCCGGUGGCGACUGCUCUCAGCCGGUGGAGACGGUGGAGCUUCUGGGCCGCUCCUACCCCUGUGACGACUUCACCAACGUGACGCCACGAAUUCUCUCCAGAGUCGGUCGCAACCUGCACAACCAAGCUCACCAUCCUCUGUGGCUGAUCAAGGAGCGCAUCAAGUCUCACUUCUACAGCGCCUACGUGGGCCGCUGGGGAAACCCGCUCUUCUCGGUCCACGACAACAUCUGCCCUGUGGUCACGGUGGAGCAGAACUUCGACAGCUUGCUGAUCCCGCCCAACCACCCGAGCCGGAAGCGAGGAGACAACUAUUACCUGAACAGAGGCACCAUGCUCCGCGCUCACACCUCGGCCCACCAGAGGGAGCUGGUCAGCUCGGGGCUGGACGCCUUCCUGCUGGCCGGGGACGUGUACCGGCGGGACGAGAUCGACGCCACUCACUACCCCGUCUUCCACCAGGUGGAGGGCGUGCGCCUCUUCUCCGAGCGCGAGCUCUUCUCGCAGGUGAGGGACGGCGAGCACCUGAAGCUGUUUGAGUCCGGAGGCCGCAGGACGCCAGAGAAACAGGAAGUUCACUCUCUGGAGGCCGUGAAGAUGGUGGAGGUCAGUCUGAAGCAGACGCUGAGCAGACUGGUCCACCACCUGUUCGGAGCAGACGUGGAGGUGCGCUGGGUGGACUGCUACUUCCCCUUCACUCAUCCCUCCUUUGAGAUGGAGGUGCGUUUCCGUGGCGACUGGAUGGAAGUUCUGGGCUGUGGCGUGAUGGAGCAGAGGCUGCUGGACUCAGCUGGAGCGGCAGCUAAAGUGGGCUGGGCCUUCGGGCUGGGCCUGGAGCGGCUGGCCAUGAUCCUCUACAACAUCCCUGACAUCCGCCUCUUCUGGAGCCAGGACCCCAGGUUCCUCAGCCAGUUCAGAGUGGAGGAUGUGCAGCAGCCCGUCUGCUUCCAGGUGAGUGGCUGGAGCCUCCCGCUCCUGGUUCUCCCCUCUCUCUCUCUCUCUCUCGCUCUGCAGCCCCUCAGCAAGUUCCCUCCUCUCCACAACGACGUGUCCUUCUGGCUGCCCGAGGAGCCGCACCUCUUCACGGUGAAUGACUUCUACGAGCUGGUGCGCUCAGUGGGAGGAGACCUGGUGGAGAAGGUCCAGCUGGUGGACCAGUUCACACACCCCGAGACGGGCCGGCGCAGCCUCUGCUUCCGCAUCACCUACAGACACAUGGAGCGCACGCUGACGCAGCAGGAAGUGAGUGGUGUCCACCAGAUGAUCGGCUCCAGAGCGCAGGCCGAGCUGGGCCUGACCGGCCGCUUCCGACCCACUUCCUGACCCAGAUCCUCUGGCGCCGCUUCUGACAGCAGCUGGGCCGCAGAGACCCGGACCUGCCCCGGAUCCGGGCCGCUGAGCCCCAGGAAACACUCAGUCCUUCCAUUUGGUUUUUCCUUCUUUAUUUUUGAAAUCUAUUUAUGAACGUCAAUAAAAUCAUCUACAAUACUGUUUUAUGGUCCAGUCGUCCAUAAACGCCAGACGCCGCGCCGACCUCUGGUCCGAGCGCUCGCCGUG